CAGAAUCACAAUGAAAGAGGCCGGAAUGGUUGGCCUUCUCCUUCUCCUCUUCGUGAAGCCACGCGCCAUCGCAGCCGCCUACUCAGAGUACUCGUGCAAUGACACCAGCGGCAACUACACGACGAGCGACGCCUUCGGCGCUAACCUCGCACGCCUCACCGUCGAGCUCCCCACCAACGCCUCCACCUCUCCAUCCCUCUACGCCUCGGCGGCCAUCGGCACUUCCUCGGGUAAAGUCUUCGCCCUCGCUCUCUGCCGCGGCGACAUCACGGAUGUCAGGACGUGCUCCGGCUGCCUUGACAAUGCGUUCCAGCAGCUACGUGCGCUCUGCGUCGGCGAGAGGGAUGCGACGUUCUACCACGACCUCUGCACCCUCCGCUACUCCGGUGAGGACUUCCUGGGGCGGACGGAAGAUAACAACCCGGUGAUAAACGCCAUGGAUGUGAACGGGUCGACAUUUCCCGCGUGGGACAGCAGGGACGCGACGUCCCGAAGCUUCUUCCUGUCCCUGGUUGGCACUCUAUUCGGGGAGAUGGCGAUGUACGGCUCGUACAAUUCCACGAUGCGCCGGUUUGCCAGCGCCGUUAUGUACGUCAACCCACAGCUUCCGACGGUGUACGGCCUGGCGCAGUGCACGCCGGACCUCUCCCCAGGGAAGUGCUGGCACUGCUUCCAGGGCCUCCAGGAGCAGACGCGCCGGUGGUAUGAUGGCCGCGAGGGUGGCCGCAUCGUCGGCGUCCGGUGCAAUAUUCGUUAUGAAAGCUACCAGUUCUACGACGGCACGGCCGAUGUCAGGAUAGGCUUACAAGGUGGCUCAUCUUCACCAACAGAAAUCAAUGGAAGCAAGCACAGAAAGACCGCAAUAGUCGUUCUAUGCGUGUCCAUCACGGUGUUCUCUUCUAUGUUGGUUGGCUGCCUUCUACUCAUCAGAAGGCUAAGAAAAGGAGGUGGAAAGACGAAAUUUGAACAAGCACAUAAGAGGAACAACUCCAAGACAGAGGAGGCGCUGAAGCUCUGGAAGAUCGAAGAGAGCAGCUCAGAAUUCACGUUGUACGACUUCCCUGAGCUCGCUGCUGCCACGGACAAUUUCUCCGAAGAGAACAAGCUCGGACAAGGCGGCUUCGGUCCGGGAAUGUUUUCUGAUGGAACCGAGGUGGCAGUGAAGAGGCUUGCGGCGCAGUCUGGGCAAGGGCUUGUUGAGUUCAAGAACGAGAUUCAGCUCAUUGCCAAGCUGCAGCACACAAGCCUCGUCAAGCUCGUGGGUUGCUGCGUGCAGGAGGAGGAGAAGAUGCUGGUGUAUGAGUACAUGCCCAACAGAAGCCUAGACUUCUUUAUCUUCGACCAAGAGCGAGGGCCCUUGUUGGACUGGAAGAAACGGCAGCACAUAAUAGAAGGGAUCGCGCAGGGGCUCCUGUACCUGCACAAGCACUCCCGGGUGCGCAUCAUUCACCGGGACAUGAAGGCCAGCAACAUAUUGCUGGACAAAGAUCUCAACCCCAAGAUCUCGGACUUCGGCAUGGCCAGGAUCUUCAGCUCAAACAUGACGGAGGCCAAUACCAACAGGGUCGUCGGCACCUACGGUUAUAUGGCACCUGAGUAUGCUUCGGGGGGCUUCUUCUCGGUCAAGUCUGACCUAUUCAGCUUCGGUGUGUUGCUGCUCGAGAUAGUGAGCGGCAAGAGGAACAGCAGCGGCCACGGCCAAAACUACGGAGAAUUCGUCAACCUCCUCAGCUACGCAUGGCAGUUGUGGAAUGAUGGGAGAGCGUUCGAGCUGGUCGACCCUACGUUGGGCCACUGCAACGAGGUGACGGACAUCAUGCGGUGCGUCAAGGUGGCGCUGCUUUGCGUGCAGGACAACGCCAUGGAUCGGCCAACGAUAUCGGAUGUGACGGCGAUGCUGGCCCAUGAUGGGGUGCCUUUGCCGGACCCGAGAUGGCCGCCGCAUUUCCAUCUCAGGGUCACCAACGACGAUGAAGAGGAGGGUGUCGGCAGGUCAGGGAUGCGGACACGGUCGACGCACUUCAGUGGAUCGUGCAGCACCAAUGACAUGACCAUCAGCACCAUCGAAGAAGGGAGGUGAUUGCUUUCUCCUAUUCCCGAAGGAACCACGUGUGUGUCUCAGUGUCUGCGUAUGUGGAUAUGCAGACGUACGGGUUGUGUAGGUUUGAGAUGUUUCGGGCUGUGGCCUACUCGCAUGUCUCGCUCGUACUCCCUUCGUUUCUAAAUACAAGUCUUUUUAAAGAUUAUACUACGGACUAGAUACGAAUGUAUAUUGACAUAUUUUAAAGUAUAGAUUCACUCAUUUUACUCCGUAUGUAGUCUGUAGUGAAAUGUCUAAAAAUACUUAUAUUUAAGGACGAAGGUACUAGUAGACAAGAUAUAGUACUACAAGAUCUAGACAUGAUGCAAUGGAGUCACAGAGGGUUGGCUCUGGACUGUAACAC